UCAGUGAGAGUGUGCAUUCCUCAGUUAACCGAGAACGGUCACACUGCUGCUGUCGCGGAAGAAAAAUAAAAGAAUUUCGCUGGCCAACUGGUCGAUUUAAACGGGGAAAUGCAGAUGCAAACGUACAAACUGGUGGUCGUCGGCGGCGGCGGCGUGGGCAAGUCGGCAAUAACGAUACAGUUCAUCCAGAGCUACUUCGUCACGGACUACGAUCCCACAAUUGAAGACUCGUACACGAAGCAGUGCAACAUAGACGAUGUGCCAGCCAAAUUGGACAUUUUGGACACGGCUGGCCAGGAGGAGUUCAGUGCCAUGCGGGAGCAGUACAUGCGCUCCGGCGAGGGAUUCCUGCUCGUCUUCGCGCUCAACGAUCAUUCCAGCUUCGAUGAGAUCCCCAAGUUCCAGCGCCAGAUACUGCGCGUCAAGGAUCGCGACGAGUUUCCCAUGCUGAUGGUGGGCAACAAGUGCGACCUGAAGCACCAGCAGCAGGUGUCCCUGGAGGAGGCGCAGAACACCAGCCGCAACCUGAUGAUCCCCUACAUCGAGUGCAGUGCCAAACUGAGGGUCAACGUCGAUCAGGCCUUCCACGAGCUCGUGAGGAUCGUGCGCAAGUUCCAAAUCGCCGAGCGUCCCUUCAUCGAGCAGGAUUACAAGAAGAAGGGCAAGAGGAAGUGCUGCCUGAUGUAGAAGGAAGCAGAGGGAAGAGAAUCUCCUGAAUGCCGCAGCGGAAGCAGGAGCCAACAUAUAAUGAGUAUAACACCAAA